AUGAAGCAGUCUCGCUCCUUUGGCGGGAGACCGAUAACCUCAGGAAAAUCACAUAAUAAGCUAUCAAAAACAUACGUAACUGCCGACAGGCAAUUAUCAGCUGUGCAAAGGAAUGCUGCAAAGACAGGCCGGUCAAUCGCAUCUUAUUUUGCACCGGUAAACCCCUCAGGAACGGGUCUGUCGGACAUGGAUGAAAGUGAAACCAAUGAAAAUAGGCCUAUUCCCACGACUGAAGCUGCGGACACUACGGAAUCAAGCUUGAAUGAUAUGCCUACUACGGACGUGAGAGAGGGAACAUCAGGCUGCCAUGGUUUGCCAGAAGACUCCGUUGAAAAACGUGAACAUUUCAGGGAUAAACUUGCCACAUUUUCCAGAAAAUUCCCGUGGCUGGAGUAUCGAUAUGGCGACGGGGCGUACUGUGUUGUCUGCAAAGCCGUUUCGCUGGGUUCGGAAAAGGUUAAAGCGUGGUCAAAACGACCACAUAAUCUUGUUAAGGAUGACAAAUGGAAUACAAACUUAAAGAAUCAUCAGAAAUCCAAACGCCACAAGGAAAACGUCCAUGUGCUUCAAAUGGUAAAAAAAUGGAAAGCUACCGGCAAAGGCGGAAUACGGACUCAGGUGCAAGAAGGGGUGACUGCCAGCAAAAAAACAGAUCACACACGGAACCGCAAACUUCUCCGCCACCUGUUAAAAUCCCUCCUGUUUUUGAUCCGAAAAAGAUGGGCAGCCAGAGAAAAUUAUGAAGAUUUUGUCAGAUUUAUUGGAGACGAGUUGGAACAUCCUGACCUCCAGCAACAAUUCGCUCUAAUGAAACAGAAUGCAACAUAUCUGUCAAAGACAACUGUUGACAAUUUCAUAAAGCACAUAGACAGCUAUCUUGAGGAGGAGUUGAUUACAACUCUAAAAUCGGUUUCAUAUCUUACCCUGGAGGCAGAUGAAAGCACGUCUGAGUCUGGAAAUGAAAUGUUAAGCAUUUAUGUCAAAUUCAUGCAUCCACUUGCGCAUACUGUAGAAAAAAAAAUUCUGUGUCAGGUCAAAAUGGGUGCUUCUAAAACUGCAAAAGCGUUACACCAAGCUAUCACAGAGGCUCUUCGUGACAGAGGUAUAGACUGCACUAAAAUAUUUUUUGCUGGUCUGGACACCACAAAUACUAUGUCAGGUGAGAGAGGUGGACUUCAGAGACUUUUGAGACACUCCCAUCCUAUGUGCAAGUACCAGCCAUGUCGGUCCCAUAAGUUAGCCCUUGUGCUUUUUCACAUGAUGAAAUCAAAUGCCUUGCUAUCUGAAAUGGACAGCCUGUUGAUUACUGUGUGGAAAAAAUUCAAAUUCUCCACCAACAAUAAAGCAGUUUUAGAAGAAACGCAGAGUAUUGAGGGAAGCAAAACUCUUAAGAUCAUCAAGGCCUGCACUACGAGAUGGCUUACUCAUGGACAAGCUUGUAGACGUACAGCAGACCUCCUACCUAUGCUUUUGGAUACUCUGGACACAGUUUACCACGCUAAUCAUGAUCCUGAGAUCAAGGGAGUACGUGACCAGCUGUGUAGACCAGAAAUGGUACUCUUCAUCCUGUUCAUGGCCGAUUUGCUUUCAUUAACAAAUAAGUUUUGCAAGUACCUACAAGGCCGCCAAGUUCAGUUUUCUUCACUGCCUUGUGUGAAAGAUAACUUCAUUGAACAGGUUCAGGUUUUCAAGGAUGAUCCAUCUACUAUGGUCAGUGGAGUCUUUUCAGCGAAGUCCAAAGAUUACACUCUUCUAACACAGGAACGCUCAGUGAAUGUCCGCAGAACCAGAGGCAGACAAGGCCAACCAGUUGAUGAAGACACACCGGCAGACAUUGUCAAAAUUUUCUGGAAGGAAACAGCUGUGCCUUUUAUACAGGAAUUUGUUGAGGAGUUUAAACCCGGUGACUUUGCUAAAGGUGUCGUUUCUGACAAGGAUGUUCACCCUGCUUCUGCACAACUGGACACGUUAUUUACAUUUUAUGGCAACACAGUGACAGAUGUACAUGACGGGGAGCAUACAGCUGCGGGCCCUAUAUUAGUCUCUAACAGCACAGUGGAUCAAAAACUCGAACUGGAAGAGUUUUGCAGAGCUGUCAAAGUUGCUGUGAAUGCUGCUGAUAAAGACAUUUUGGAGAAAGCAGCCCAUUUAAGGGAUGAGUUAACAGCAAAGAAGGCUCUGGAUAUUGAGUUACAAAUUACAACAUUUAUCGAUAAGAACAGAUUGACAAGUGCCCAGUUGUUCAAGUCUAUAAAACAACUUGGGACAUGUGAAGAGCUAUUCCCCAACUUAAUGAUAUUACUCAAUCUGGCAUCAAUAAUACCAUCGUCAACUGCGGAAGUGGAGAGACGUUUUUCAUUAAUGAACCUUCUUUGCACUCCUCUGCGUGCCAGCAUGCUUCCAAACACAUUGGAUAAACUUCUUAGAAUUUGUCUGAACGGUCAAAAUCUGACAGACCAAGAUGUUGAAGUCAUUAUUGACAGAUUCAGGGAUGACACUUCUGUAACAAACCGCCGUAUAACUUUGUGA